AUGAAUACGGAGAAGAAUAUGGUAAAGACGGAGAAGAUUAUGAAGAAUAUGGUAAAGACGGAGAAGAUUAUGAAGAAUAUGGUAAAGACGGAGAAGAUUAUGAAGAAUAUGGUAAAGACGGAGUAGAUUAUGAAGAAUAUGGUAAAGACGGAGUAGAUUAUGGUACAGACGGUAAUGUUACAAUUGGAGAAAAUUAUGGAGAACAGUAUGGAGAAGAAUAUGGAGAAGAAUAUGGUAAAGACGGAGAAAAUUAUGGUGAAAAUUAUGGUGAAAAUUAUGGUGAAGACGGAGAAAAUUAUGGUGAAAAUUAUGGUGAAGACGGAGAAAAUUAUGGUGAAAAUUAUGGUGAAGACGGCGAGGGCCAAGAGGAAAAUUUUUGUAAAGCAACUAAAGAAGGACAAUGCUUAAACCUAUGUGGUCUUCCAAUACCAAUAGGAGUAGAAACUCCAUUAUCUUCAUACAUUUGCUUCGUCAAAUGCUUGAAACUUGAACCGAUUCCGAAGCCUCCUCCUAAACUGCAAAGUCUUUGUGAAACUAAAGAAGGAAAAUGCCUACAAAAAUGUGGCCUUUCAUCAAUCGAUACUCCAUUAUCUAAUGACAGUUGUUUUGGAGAAUGCUAUUAUGUCGAAUAA